GUUCUUGAGCUUCAGCUUCACGUCUAGUGAAGCUGUCCCAGAGCUGCUGGCACCGACAGCCUAUCCGUACAGGCAAUCACCAACUCUGCGUCCUUCAUCUGUCUACUACCACAUCUCCAGCAUCAUCACAGCACAUGGAUUCUUCACUGCACGAGGUCUGGCAGGCUGCGUCCGGCUCGCCGUUCACCCCCGCCAUCGGCAAGGACAACCAGUUUCUCUUGGCCUUCAUUCUCCUGGUCUUGGGCUUUGGCUUCAGUGGCGCGUUCGCUCUGAACCGGUCUGUAGUGAGCCUCCCAACUUUGGCUGUGCCUGCGUCGUUGUCGCUUGCGUACGUUUUCCACCCACCGGGUCCAGAUCCAUAG